ACUUCAACUAAAAUCUGAGAAUCUUAUUCAAAUUCUCGAUAGAAAACUUGCGAAAACAAACAUCGAUAGCACAACAAGAGUAAUCGCAUAGUGGCAAAACCUGCAAUCUGUUGAGGCCAUCCCCAAGAGCAAGAGUGCUUAAGAAUGUUAUUGGCUCUUGUUUCUCCUUCAUCCUUCUAUUCAUUCUCUUCUUCUACCUUCAACAGACCCACAAACCCCCCUCUCUCAACAUUCUCUUCAUUUCCCAUUUCGUGCUCAUUCAAACCUUUUUGGCUUUCCCCAUCACAUUCCUCUCACAAACUCGUUAAACGCCUGAAACCCAUUACAAACCAAACUGAAUCAGACUUCAAAAUCAAAUAUGGAAGUACCCCAGUUGACGAUCGGUGGUCUCUUCGUGGGAAGACGGCCCUCGUUACCGGUGGCACUCGCGGAAUCGGGCGUGCGAUUGUGGAGGAAUUGGUGGGUUUUGGGGCGAGAGUGCAUACUUGUUCUCGGAAUGAGGGUGAGCUGAGACAGUGUUUGAGGGAUUGGAAUAAUUUGAAAUUUGAGGUUUCUGGGUCAGUUUGCGAUGUGUCUGUUCGAGCUCAGAGAGAUGAACUAAUGGAGAUUGUGGCUGAUACUUUUGAUGGGAAGCUCAGCAUUCUUGUGAAUAAUGUGGGUAGAAAUAUACGAAAGCCAACGACAGAAUUCACAGAUGAAGAAUUUUCUUUUCUUAUGAAAACCAAUGUCGAAGCAGUCUUCCAUUUAUCUCAACUUGCUUAUCCCCUUUUAAAAUCAUCGGGCGAAGGAAGCAUCGUAUUCAUGUCCUCAGUCUCGAGUUUGGUGUCUCUGAAGUCUAUGUCCGUUCAGGGAGCGACCAAAGGAGCUAUCAAUCAACUCACAAAAUAUUUAGCUUGUGAAUGGGCAAAAGACAACAUAAGGAGCAACGCAGUUGCCCCAUGGUACAUCAAAACGUCAAUGGUGGAACAGGUGCUGAGUAACAAAACAUAUGUAGAAGAGGUAUAUUCCCGAACCCCGCUUCGACGAUUGGGAGAACCAAGUGAGGUAUCAUCUUUAGUUGCAUUCCUUUGCCUACCUGCUUCAUCUUAUAUUACUGGCCAAAUCAUUGGUGUUGAUGGUGGGAUGUCUGUUAAUGGCUUUGACCCAAGAUAACAUUAGAAUGAACAGCUCUUAUUUAUCAAUCAUUACUUAUCAGCUCUCUGAUACGUAUAGUUCGAAGUGUCGAUUUUCUUUAAUUUGCAAAGAUGAUACUCCCAAACGAUUGAAACUUCCAUAACUUCCUCUCUCUUCUUUCCCCCAUUUUAAUUUUUUUAAAAAAUUGUUUUCGUGGUAUAUGGCUCAUGACAUGUGAAGGAAAGAUGAGUUCUAUAGUUUGGAAACAUUGAGUGUAUAUAGGAACCAUGACUGUGGCUUGCUUCCGAAUGUGAUUUCUCUUGCAGAGAUGUGUUUAUGUUGUAAACUAUCAUUGUACAUGAGGAUAAUUUCUUUCUCUUCAUAAU